AUGUCUUCACUAAUAACUGCCGUAUUUAAAGCCACUAUCGGCCUGCUGGUGAAUAAAGGAAGAGAUAAACUAGCAGAAAAGUUGAAUGAGGGUGAUGUUACAGAUCAGAAAUUCCGUGGCCUGAUCGUCCGUGAAAUCGAUGAAGUAAAGUCGAAGUUGAAUGGUUUAGCAAGAAAGGAUUUGAAGACAAGUAUCAGCCAUUUUAAGGAAGGAAUCGAGUUGUUAUAUGAAGUGUUUGAAAGUGCCAGACCCAGUAGCGAGCAUAAAAUUUUAACAGAACAAGCCGCUAGUGUUGAAGCUUUUCCUCUCUACAGAAAUGAUAAAAUUGGAGCUCACUUCCAUGGAUGAAACGGCUACAAGGUUGCUUAGCGCAGCAAAAGGGAGAUUUAAGGAGGCUCGUCGAGAAGCAACAAAAGCUUUUAAUAAUGAAGCUUUAGAGUUGCCUGAUCGCCUGUUGGCUAUGCAAUAUCGACUGAUGGCAACAAUACUGGAGACGGUUGACAAUCCUAAGGACUCUUUACCGGUUUGUAAAGUAUGUAUUGAAGACCUACACGAUGUGUCGGGUGUUAAAGAAUGCUUCAAAGUAGAGCUUAAGAAAGGUCUUUGGGCUCGCCUUGAUAAAGACGAACGGAGACAAAUAAUAUCCACGGUAUGUUUCUUUAAUCGUGUUGUCUACGAUGUCACUCUAAUGACCCGGUUUGGUAGCAAGGAUGAGCUUUCUGAAAACUGGCCUAGUGUUGAUACUGGAGAAGAACAAGUCUAUCCACUCCGAAAUCAAAAAGUUGAUGAAGUAUUAAAGAAACAAGGCAUGGAGCACUGUUGUGUUAAACCAUGGUUAUUUGGUCAGGAGGGUGAAGAGGAGCAAAAGCUGAAGGAUCCGUGUGGUAUCGCUAAAAACACCAAAGGCCAAUUCCUGAUAGCAGGCAAUGGGGAUAAAACCGUGAAGGUGUUUGAUAGCAACGGAAAGUUUGAUUUUAGGUUUAAUCAUCAAACUGAUGACGCCGAUACAAAGUUAGAUAUUUGGGAUGUCGCCACUGCAGGCGAGGACGACAAGAUUUAUCUACUGGUCAGUCUGAAGAAGCCUGGGGCUAAGGAAUGGGAGAGGGAAGUGCAGGUUUAUAACAAGACCGCUGACCUACAGCACAAGUUUCCCGUGAGGAGAGAGUGCUGG